AUGGCAAAUGAAUUGGAGGGCAGCAAAGACUGGAUAGAAGAAUAUUGUUUGGGGACUAUUGUGAUAGUUCAUGAUGUAAAUGAUGGUGGCCUCGACUAUGGGAAUGGUGGCCGCUCACACAGUGCCCUAAAAGACCCGACCCUUGUGGGCAAGUGGGACGAGGAGAAAGGAAGAAACCUAGCUGUGCGCUGCAGCUGCACGCGCCUGCGCGAAAACCCCUGCUCGGCCCCAGUUUCAGCCUGUUACAGCGCCUUCGUCCCUCCUACUUUUCCCCGCCCCCUCCUGGCGGAGCUGGACGGAGACUUGCUGGAGGAGGAGGAGCUGGAGGAGGCAGAGGAGGAGGACCGACAGUCGCUGCUGCUGCUGUCGCCGCCCGCGACCGCCACCUCCCAGACCCAGCCGAUCCCGGGCGGGUCCCUGGGGUCGGUGCUGCUGCCCGCCGCCGGCUUCGAUGCCCGGGAGGCGGCCGCGGCGGCCGCGGCGGCGGGGGUGCUCUACGGAGGGGACGAUGCCCAGGGCAUGAUGGCGGCGAUGCUGUCCCACGCCUACGGCCCCGGCGGCUGCGGGGCGGCGGCGGCGGCCGCCCUAAACGGGGAGCAGGCGGCCCUGCUCCGGAGGAAGAGCGUCAACACCACCGAGUGCGUCCCGGUGCCCAGCUCCGAGCAUGUCGCCGAGAUUGUCGGUCGCCAGGGUUGUAAAAUUAAAGCACUGAGAGCCAAGACAAACACAUAUAUCAAGACACCUGUUCGUGGUGAGGAGCCCAUUUUUGUUGUCACUGGACGGAAAGAAGAUGUUGCCAUGGCCAAAAGAGAGAUUCUCUCAGCUGCAGAGCACUUCUCCAUGAUUCGUGCAUCUCGAAACAAAAAUGGCCCUGCCCUGGGAGGAUUGUCGUGUAGUCCAAAUCUGCCCGGUCAAACCACCGUUCAAGUGAGGGUCCCCUAUCGUGUCGUGGGAUUGGUAGUUGGACCGAAAGGAGCAACUAUUAAAAGAAUUCAGCAGCAGACCCACACAUACAUAGUAACUCCAAGCAGAGAUAAGGAGCCUGUCUUUGAAGUGACAGGGAUGCCCGAAAAUGUCGACCGAGCGCGAGAAGAAAUAGAAAUGCAUAUUGCCAUGCGUACAGGAAACUAUAUUGAGCUCAACGAAGAGAAUGAUUUCCAUUACAACGGUACCGACGUAAGCUUUGAAGGUGGCACUCUUGGCUCCGCGUGGCUCUCCUCCAAUCCGGUUCCUCCUAGCCGCGCAAGAAUGAUCUCCAAUUACCGAAACGAUAGUUCCAGUUCUCUGGGAAGCGGCUCCACAGAUUCCUACUUUGGAAGCAAUAGGCUGGCUGACUUUAGUCCAACGAGCCCAUUUAGCACAGGGAACUUUUGGUUUGGAGAUACACUACCAUCUGUAGGCUCAGAAGAUCUUGCGGUUGAUUCUCCUGCCUUUGACUCUUUACCAACGUCUGCUCAAACUAUCUGGACCCCCUUUGAACCAGUUAACCCACUCUCUGGCUUUGGGAGUGAUCCUUCUGGUAACAUGAAGACUCAGCGUAGAGGAAGUCAGCCAUCUACUCCUCGUCUGUCUCCUACGUUUCCCGAGAGCAUUGAACACCCACUUGCUCGGAGGGUUAGGAGCGACCCACCUAGUACAGGCAACCAUGUCGGCCUUCCAAUAUACAUCCCUGCUUUUUCUAAUGGUACCAAUAGUUACUCUUCUUCCAAUGGUGGUUCCACCUCUAGCUCGCCUCCAGAAUCGAGACGAAAGCACGAUUGUGUGAUUUGCUUUGAGAAUGAAGUUAUUGCUGCCCUAGUUCCAUGUGGCCACAACCUCUUCUGCAUGGAAUGUGCCAACAAGAUCUGUGAAAAGAGAACGCCAUCAUGUCCAGUUUGCCAGACAGCUGUUACUCAGGCAAUCCAGAUUCACUCUUAA